AUACAGUACAUCUGAAUCAAAACAGUGUCGUUUUAACAAGACGUUCAAUGAGCAGGAGUGUCAGCUGAGGUCCACGCAUUCUGCACACUUCCACCUGCGAGAGACCCCCGUGGAAUAUACACGCUGACCAUCAGAACGGGGUUUAAAAUGGAAAGUUAAGAUGGCAGUACAAACACAUUACAAACUUUUGCUGCAUAUUUGGAUAAAACACAUCGGGUUGAGCGACAGCGCGUGAAACGCCCCGUUGGAUAUGAGCUGACAUUGUUUUUCAUGUGUCCUCAUAUGAUCUACCGGGAUGUUUAAAAAAGGGAAAUAUGAGGUGAAAUAUGAAAAACUGGCCAGUGAAUCAGAGUCAAAUCCUUCAUCUGUCAAGAGGAGUUGCUUACCAAAGAUCCGUCCUUUCACUAUGUGUUUGGUUUGUGUCGUCACAUAUAUUAGUAUUGUUGUUGUUACAAAUAUUCUAAAAGAAAACGACCAACAACUUCAAAAUCCCAAACCCAUUGGACCAAACAAUCAGAAUGAACCCUCAGAUCUGCCAAAGCCUACCUUCGCAAAAGAUGGUCCAAAUGGUUCCCCUCCCUCAAAAGUGUGCAGUAUUAAAGUGGAGAAUGGCCCUUUGAUUAAAGUCAAUAGUCACAAAACAUAUGUGGUUGGCUCUUAUGUGGAACAUCGUUCAAACAAGGAAAUCAAGUCAAUUGCCAUCAUGCAACGUCAUGAGCCGGUGACAUACUAUUGUGUGAUGUGCUGUGACGGGGUGAACAUUUCUUCAACUCAAGCCGAGUAUUCAAUUCAUAGUGACCACUUUAACUUUGAUUAUGGCACUGCUGAUAUUAUCUGCAAAUUCAGUAAUUCAUGUUCUGCACCAACACACGUGGCAAUUACAGCCAAUAACCUAGCAGAAAAUAUAACGUCCUUCCAAACGAUCGAAAAUCGAGUCAUUCCGAAAUAUUUCCGUUUUAACUUUACAGUCUGCAUCUCUGUUAUGUUUGACUACAACAAGGUGUUGGAUUUAAUCGAGGCUAUGGAGAUGUUCAAACUGCUUGGUGUUCAAAGGGUGGCGAUCUACAAAACCAGCUGCGAUUCGGCCACACAGAAAAUUCUCGACUACUAUGUGAAAAGUGGUUUUCUUGAGCUCAUCCCGUGGACCGUUGAAAAGCACAUCAAAGUGUCAAUGGGAUGGCAGAAAGGGAUAUCACCAGGAGAACUGCAUUACCACGGACAGAUUCCUGCACUUAAUGACUGUGUCUUUCGAUACAUGUAUCAAAGCCGCUAUGUGGCCUUACAAGACAUAGAUGAACUCAUUCUGCCUUUGCAUGUGAGAACCUGGACAGAACUGUUGCAAGAAUUGGAAAAGAUGCACGGUGACGAUGUAGGUUUUGAGUUUGAGGAUAACGUGUUUCCAUUCACGGCAGAAAGUCAAAACAAAUAUGAGCAGGAUGCUUGGAAAAACGUACCAGGAACAAACAUUUUAAAAUAUGUUGACAGAAUACCCAACGAUCCUGAUAGGUUUAACAACAUUAAAGUUAUAGUAAAUCCUCGGCUGGUUCUCGAGGCUACUGUACAUGGCCUGCUGGAGACUGUGAAUGGACGUAACACUGUCAGAGUCAGAAAUGACAUUGCGCGUAUGUACCACUUGAAACAUUUUGAGUACCCACGAGACACACACCUUAUAAGAGACAAACGUCUUUGGGGCUAUGCAGAUGAUUUGAUAGCAGCUGUUUCUAAAGUUUUACAGGACUGCGGUUUCACCUAGAUACUAAAACCUCAGCUCGUACAACAUAUACCUAAGAUGUGUCAGUCAAGUCUAUAAAACUGAACAAUUAUGCAAUAUUAAACUACAUUGCACUGUGAAAACUACUAUGAACAAUGAACUGCACUUGUGAUUUAUGCAAAAAUUGUAGGAUGUCAUCAUUUGCAUGUGAUGGAUUUAACAGGAUCUUUGGGACAUUUACUACUGCCAUAUGUUCAAGCCUUCUUUGAUUAUGCUGCAAUUUGUCCACCAUUUGUGACUUGUGUAUAUAUUGAAUAAUAAAAAAAAUUGUGAUCGGGGAAAUAUAUUAAAGUAGGCUUUUACGUAGUCUGUGUUUGUUGAUCAGUGGCUAAUAAUGUAAGUUUAUAUAUUUUUUCAUUUUUAUUCAUAUUCAUUUAUAUUAACGAUUUAUUUUAUUAAAAAUGUAUCAAUUUUA